CAGGAAGGUGCAGUACCAGGGGAUAGGCCUACUAGGCAGGAUGAGUUCCAGGGGGGCCAGGCCCUCUUCUCCCCCCAGCUCGCUGGAGCGCCUGGCGUCGCGGGACUCCCAAGACUCCAUGGAGGACUACUGGAGCGAAGUGAAGAACAUCGAGGAGGAUGGUGAACGGGGCCACGAGGACCUGCUGGAGAGGGGCAGUAUGGAUGGUCCGUACCAACCAGGGUCAUAUUGAUUCGGGCAUGCAACAGAUAAACCAUAGCGAUGGUUACAAAUGUAGAUUCUGAUAGAUACUAUGGAUACUGAUUUGUCUAAAUUAUUCUUCCUCCACUUACAGAGGCCGAACUUGAGGAGGCGUGGCUGCAGGAGGCGGGUCUGUCCACGUUUGUGUCGGGGGAGUUGGGGGAGGGGCCUGCGGAGGCGCUGCUCUCCACGCUGACGCGCUCACAGGCAGCCAUGGUGAAGAAGCGUGUGGACAACUAUACCCUGACCAUGAGGAAGAGGAACAAGCAGCCGGCCAGACACGUCCAAGAUGUCUUCUCCACGCCAGACACAUUGGUGGGUGCUUUGGGUUAUGGCAAGAGUGCUUUGGGAUAAGCACUCAGCAAUUGUGUUUAUGGAGUUAGUCUGUAUAUUUCCGAUUUGAAAUCCUAACAGGAAACAUGUUGACAUGAAGUCUGUCUAAUGUCUGGCCCUUGUUAGGCUAUAACUGGUGCGUCUGCCCCUAUGGCCUAAAUUCAACUUGAUAUGGAACCUUUGGUAUUCUCAGUUGUGCUACUGAUCCUCUGUAAUCUCAGUACGUAUGCAAAUCCUGUAUGUCAGGGAUGGGCGACUUUGAUGGAGGUCGGGGCCACAAAAUCUGAACUCAUCAUGAGGGGCCGCAGUUGCUCGCGGGUCUGUGUACCCACAAAUUUUUUGUUGUUGUUGCAGACAUGGCUAAUUGACUGACUAUAUCAGUAGCUAGGUUUCCAUCCAAUUUGCGACAGAUUUUCAUGCGAAUAUUCAAGAAUCUGCAUAAAACAAUAUGCACAUUUUCCACCAGAGAUGUUUCCAUCAAACUUACUUUUUGCGGAUAAAAGGCUUUGCGUGAUGACAUAGUACACAUAAAAAUAACUUUUGCCGUUAAGUUACCACGUACCGAAUAAAAAAUACAAGUGAAAUGGGUUUCCAUCGCAUUUUCAAUUCUACUGAUGGUUUUAUCACAAAAACUGUUGUGUUAUACUGUAUAGCAAAUGUGCCCACUCGAGCGCACAGCCAUGCAAUCUCCAUAGACAAACAUUGGCAGUAGGAUGGCCUUACUGAAGAGCUCAGUGACUUUCAACGUGGUACCGUCAUAGGAUGCCACCUUUCCAACAAGUCGGUUCGUAAAAUUUCUGCCCUGAUAGAGCUGCCCCAGUCAACUGUAAGUGCUGUUAUUGUGAAGUGGAAACGUCUAAGAGCAACAACGGCUCAGCCGUGAGGUGAUAGGCUACCCAAGCUCACAGAACGGGACCGCCAAGUGCUGAAGCGUGUAGCGCGUAAAAAUAAUCUGUCCUUGGUUGCAACACUCACUACCGAGUUCCAAACUUCCUCUGGAAGCAACGUCAGCAGAAGAACUGUUCGUCGGGAGCUUCAUGAAAUGGGUUUCCAUGGCCCAGCAGCCGCACACAAGCCUAAGAUCACCAUGCGCAAUGCCAAGUGUCGGCUGGAGUGGUGUAAAGCUCGCCGCCAUUGGACUCUGGAGCAGUGGAAACACGUUUUUUGGAGUGAUGAAUCACGUCUCACCAUCUGGCAGUCCGACGGACGAAUCUGGGUUUGGCGGAUGUCAGGAGAACACUACCUGCCCCAAUGCAUAGUGCCAACUGUAAAGUUUAGUGGAGGAGGAAUAAUGGUCUGGGGCUGUUUUUCAUGGUUCUGGCUAGGCCCCUUAGUUCCAGUGAAGGGAAAUCUUAACGCUACAGCAUACAUUUAAAUGGUUUGUCGAGAUCGUUGUGGAAGAACUUGACUGUCCUGCACAUAGCCCUGACCUCAACCCCAUCUAACACCUUUGGGAUGAAUUGGAACGCUGACUGCAAGCCAGGCCUAAUCGCCCAACAUCAGUGCCCGACCUCACUAAUGCUCUUGUGGCUGAAUGGAAGCAAGUACCCUCAGCAAUGAUCCAACAUCUAGUGGAAAGUCUUUCCAGAAGAGUGGAGGCUGUUCUAGCAGCAAAGGGGGGACCAACUCCAUAUUAAUGCCCAUGAUUUUGGAAUGAGAUGUUCAGGAGGUGUCCACAUACUUUUGGUCAUAUAGUGUGUGAGUGGAGGUGUGUGUGUGUGUACAGUGGGGGAAAAAAGUAUUUAGUCAGCCACCAAUUGUGCAAGUUAUCCCACUUAAAAAGAUGAGAGAGGCCUGUAAUUUUCAUCAUAGGUACACGUCAACUAUGACAGACAAAAUGAGGGGAAAAAAUCCAGAAAAUCACAUUGUAGGAUUUUUAAUGAAUUUAUUUGCAAAUUAUGGUGGAAAAUAAGUAUUUGGUCAAUAACAAAAGUUUCUCAAUACUUUGUUAUUUACCCUUUGUUGGCAAUGACACAGGUCAAACGUUUUCUGUAAGUCUUCACAAGGUUUUCACACACUGUUGCUGGUAUUUUGGCCCAUUCCUCCAUGCAGAUCUCCUCUAGAGCAGUGAUGUUUUGGCGCUGUCGCUGGGCAACACGGACUUUCAACUCCCUCCAAAGAUUUUCUAUGGGGUUGAGAUCUGGAGACUGGCUAGGCCACUCCAGGACCUUGAAAUGCUUCUUACGAAGCCACUCCUUCGUUGCCCGGGCGGUGUGUUUGGGAUCAUUGUCAUGCUGAAAGACCCAGCCACGUUUCAUCUUCAAUGCCCUUGCUGAUGGAAGGAGGUUUUCACUCAAAAUCUCACGAUACAUGGCCCCAUUCAUUCUUUCCUUUACACGGAUCAGUUGUCCUGGUCCCUUUGCAGAAAAACAGCCCCAAAGCAUGAUGUUUCCACCCCCAUGCUUCACAGUAGGUAUGGUGUUCUUUGGAUGCAACUCAGCAUUAUUUGUCCUCCAAACACGACGAGUUGAGUUUUUACCAAAAAGUUCUAUUUUGGUUUCAUCUGACCAUAUGACAUUCUCCCAUUCCUCUUCUGGAUCAUCCAAAUGCACUCUAGCAAACUUCAGACGGGCCUGGACAUGUACUGGCUUAAGCAGGGGGACACGUCUUGCACUGCAGGAUUUGAGUCCCUGGCGGUGUAGUGUGUUACUGAUGGUAGGCUUUGUUACUUUGGUCCCAGCUCUCUGCAGGUCAUUCACUAGGUCCCCCCGUGUGGUUCUGGGAUUUUUGCUCACCGUUCUUGUGAUCAUUUUGACCCCACAGGGUGAGAUCUUGCGUGGAGCCCCAGAUCGAGGGAGAUUAUCAGUGGUCUUGUAUGUCUUCCAUUUCCUAAUAAUUGCUCCCACAGUUGAUUUCUUCAAACCAAGCUGCUUACCUUUUGCAGAUUCAGUCUUCCCAGCCUGGUGCAGGUCUACAAUUUUGUUUCUGGUGUCCUUUGACAGCUCUUUGGUCUUGGCCAUAGUGGUGUUUGGAGUGUGACUGUUUGAGGUUGUGGACAGGUGUCUUUUAUACUGAUAACAAGUUCAAACAGGUGCCAUUAAUACAGGUAAAGAGUGGAGGACAGAGGAGCCUCUUAAAGAAGAAGUUACAGUUCUGUGAGAGCCAGAAAUCUUGCUUGUUUGUAGGUGACCAAAUACUUAUUUUCCACCAUAAUUUGCAAAUAAAUUCAUUAAAAAUCCUACAAUGUGAUUUUCUGGAAAAAAUUUCUCUAUUUGUCUGUCAUAGUUGACGUGUACCUAUGAUGAAAAUUACAGGCCUCUCUCAUCUUUUUAAGUGGGAGAACUUGCACAAUUGGUGGCUGACUAAAUACUUUUUUUCCCCACUGUAUAUACACUACCGGUCAAAAGUUUUAGAACACCUACUCUUUCAAGGGUUUUUCUUAAUUUUUUUACUAUUUUCCUCAUUGUAGAAUAAUAGUGAAGACAUCAAAACUAUGAAAUAACACAUAUGGAAUCAUGUAGUAACCAAAAAAGUGUUAAAUUUCUAUUUCCAGAGAAAGAGGAGGCAGCUAUCAGCCGAGAGCUGCUUUACAGGGUUGGGCAAGCAUGAGGAAGAGCACAUCGUGUUUCCACCGUCCACCCCCACUCCUCUGACAAUGGCCCAUGCCAGAGCCAUGUAUACCGUAUAAGCCUAUAAUGGUUCUGGUCCAUACCAACUGGGUUGGUGUUUAAAUACUGGGGGAUAACACACUUGAGUGUCUGAAGCAAGUCUACUGGACUCCUCUCCUUACUCUAGCCCAGUGAUGGGCAACUGGCGGUCCCUUUUGAAGGCCCUUGGAUCCUUGGAUAUACACUACCAGUCAAAAGUUUUAGAACACCUACUCAUUCAAGGGUUUUCUUUCUUUUUACUAUUUUCUACAUUGUAGAAUAAUAGUGAAGACAUCAAAACUAUGAAAUAACACAUAUGGAAUCAUGUAGUAACCAAAAAAAGUUAAACAAAUUAAAAUAUAUUUUAUAUUUGAGAUUCUUCAAAUAGCCACCCUUUGCCUUGGUGACAGCUCUGCACACUCUUGGCAUUCUCUCAACCAGCUUCACCUGGAAUGCUUUUCCAACAGUCUUGAAGGAGUUCCCACAUGUUGAGCACUUGUUGGCUGCUUUUCCUUCACUCUGCGGUCCAACUCAUCCCAAACCAUCUCAAUUUGGUUGAGGUCGGGGGGUUGUGGAGGCUGGGUCAUCUGAUGCAGCACUCCAUCACUCUCCUUCUUGGUAAAAUAGCCCUUACACAGCCUGGAGGUGUGUUGGGUCAUUGUCCUGUUGAAAAACAAAUGAUAGUCCCACUAAGCCCAAACCAGAUGGGAUGGAUUUAUAUAUUUUAUAUUUGAGAUUCUUCAAAUAGCCACCCUUUGCCUUAAUGACAGCUUUGCACACUCUUGGCAUUCUCUCAACCAGCUUCAUGAGGUAGUCACCUGGAAUGCAUUUCAAUUAACAUGUGUGCCUUCUUAAAAGUUAAUUUGUGGAAUAUAUUUUUCCUUAAUGCGCUUGUGCCAAUCAGUUGUGUUGUGACAAGGUAGUGGGGGGGGUAUACAGAAGAUAGCCCUAUUUGGCAAGUCCAUAUUAUGACAAGAACAGCUCAAAUAAGCAAAGAGAAAUGACAGUCCAUCAUUACUUUAAGACAUGAAGGUCAGUUUCUUCAAGUGCAGUCACAAAAAUCAUCAAGCGUUAUGAUGAAACUGGCUCUCAUGAGGACCGGCACAGAAAUGGAAGACCCAGAGUUACCUCUGCUGCAGAGGAUAAGUUCAUUAGAGUUACCAGCCUCAGAAAUUGCAGCCCAAAUAAAUGCUUCACAGAGUUCAAGUAACACACAUCUCAACGUCAACUGUUCAGAGGAAACUGCGUGAAUCAGGCCUUCAUGGUCGAAUUGCUGCAAAGAAACCACUACUAAAGGACUCCAAUAAUAAGAAGAGACUUGCUUGGGCCAAGAAACACAAGCAAUGGACAUUAGACAGGUGGAAAUUUGUGCUUUGGUCUGGAGUCCAAAUUAGAGAUUUUUGGUUCCAACCGCCGUGUCUUUGUGAGACGCGGUGUGGGUGAACGGAUUAUCUUCGCAGGUGUAUUUCCCACCGUAAAGCAUGGAGGAGGAUGUGUUAUGGUGUGAGGGUGCUUUGCUGGUGACACUGUCUGUGAUUUAUUUAGAAUUCAAGGAACACUUAACCAGCAUGGCUACCACAGCAUUCUGCAGUGAUACUCCAUCCCAUCUGGUUUGGGCUUAGUGGGACUAUCAUUUGUUUUUCAACAGGACAAUGACCCAACACACCUCCAGGCUGUGUAAGGGCUAUUUUACCAAGAAGGAGAGUGAUGGAGUGCUGCAUCAGAUGACCCAGCCUCCACAACCCCCCGAUCUCAACCAAAUUGAGAUGGUUUGGGAUGAGUUGGACCGCAGAGUGAAGGAAAAGCAGCCAACAAGUGCUCAACAUGUGGGAACUCCUUCAAGACUGUUGGAAAAGCAUUCCAGGUGAAGCUGGUUGAGAUAAUGCCAAGAGUGUGCAAAGCUGUCAUCAAGGCAAAGGGUGGCUAUUUGAAGAAUCUCAAAUAUAAAAUAUAUUUUAAUUUGUUUAACUUUUUUUGGUUACUACAUGAUUCCAUAUGUGUUAUUUCAUAGUUUUGAUGUCUUCACUAUUAUUCUACAAUGUAGAAAAUAGUAAAAAGAAAGAAAACCCUUGAAUGAGUAGGUGUUCUAAAACUUUUGACUGGUAGUGUAUAUCCAAGGAUCCAAGGGCCUUCAAAAGGGACCGCCAGUUGCCCAUCACUGGGCUAGAGUAAGGAGAGGAGUCCAGUAGACUUGCUUCAGACACUCAAGUGUGUUAUCCCCCAGUAUUUAAACACCAACCCAGUUGGUAUGGACCAGAACCAUUAUAGGCUUAUACGGUAUACAUGGCUCUGGCAUGGGCCAUUGUCAGAGGAGUGGGGGUGGACGGUGGAAACACGAUGUGCUCUUCCUCAUGCUUACCCAACCCUGUAAAGCAGCUCUCGGCUGAUAGCUGCCUCCUCUUUCUCUGGAAAUAGAACUGGAGCACUGACUGACUGUUAGCUGGAAUGUGGAAGAAGUUUUACAUGAGAAGAGCAACGGGGAAGUACCAUACUGUUUUCAGAUAGCUGUGUACUGCACGCACUGCUUAGAUCCCCAUACUGUUUUCAGAUAGCUGUGUACUGCACGCACUGCUUAGAUCCAAGGACAUCAAAUAGCAUAGCAGCAUUGUAAUAUGUUCUGUAGAAGGGUUGGUGGUAUAUUAGGUACAGUUGAAGUCGGAAGUUUACAUACACCUUAGCCAAAUACAUUUAAACUCAGUUUUUCACAAUUCCUGACAUUUAAUCCUAGUAAAAAUUCCCUGUCUUAGGUCAGUUAGGAUCACCACUUUAUUUUAAGAAUGUGAAAUGUCAGAAUAAUAGUAGAGAGAAUGAUUGAUUUUAGCUUUUAUUUAUUUCAUCACAUUCCCAGUGGGUCAGAAGUUUACAUACACUCAAUUAGUAUUUGGUAGCAUUGCCUUUAAAUUGUUUAACUUGGGUCAAACGUUUCGUGUAGCCUUCCACAAGCUUCCCACAAUAAGUUGGGUGAAUUUUGGCCCAUUCCUCCUGACAGAGCUGGUUUAACUGAGUCAGGUUUGUAGGCCUCCUUGCUCGCACACGCUUUUUCAGUUCUGCCCACACAUUUUCUAUAGGAUUGAGGUCAGGGCUUUGUGAUGGCCAUUCCAAUACCUUGACUUUGUUGUCCUUAAGCCAUUUUGCCACAACUUUGGAAGUGUGCUUGGGGGUCAUUGUCUAUUUGGAAGACCCAUUUGCGACCAAGCUUUAACUUCCUGACUGAUGUCUUGAGAUGUUGCUUCAAUAUAUCCAUAUAAUUUUCCUUCCUCAUGAUGCCAUCCUAUUUUGUGAAGUGCACCAGUCCCUCGUGCAGCAAAGCACCCUCACAGCAUGAUGCUGCCACCCCCGUGCUUCACGGUUGGGAUGGUGUUCUUCGGCUUCCAAGCCUUCCCCUUUUACCUCCAAACAUAACGAUGGUCAUUAUGGCCAAACAGUGCUAUUUUUGUUUCAUCAGACCAGAGGACAUUUCUCCAAAAAGUAUGAUCUUUGUCCCCAUGUGCAGUUGCAAACCGUAGUCUGGCUUUUUUAUGGCGGUUUUGGAGCAGUGGCUUCUUCCUUGCUGAGCGGCCUUUCAGGUUAUCUUAAUAUAGGACUUGUUCUACUGUGGAUAUAGAUACUUUUGUACCUCUUUCCUCCAGCAUUUUCACAAGGUCCUUUGCUGUUGUUCUGGGAUUGAUUUGCACUUUUCGCACCAAAGUACGUUCAUCUCUAGGAGACAGAACGCGUCUCCUUCCUGAGCGGGAUGACGGCUGCGUGGUCCCAUGGUGUUUAUACUUGCGUACUAUUGUUUGUACAGAUGAACGUGGUAACAUCAGGCGUUUGGAAAUUGCUCCCAAGGAUGAACAAGACUUGUGGAGGUCUAAAAAAAUAAAUUAUGAGGUCUUGGCUGAUUUAUUUUGAUUGUCCAAUGAUGUCAAGCAAAGAGGCACUGAGUUUGAAGGUAGGCCUUGAAAUACAUCCACAGGUACACAUUCCAAUUGACUCAAAUGGUGUUAAUUAGCCUAUCAGAAGCUUCUAAAGCCAUGACAUCAUUUUCUGGAAUUUUCCAAGCUGUUUAAAGGCACAGUCAACUUAGUGUAUGUAAAUUUCUGACCCACUGGAAUUGUGAUACAGUGAAUUAUAUGUGAAAUAAUCUGUCUGAACAAUUGCUGGAAAAAUUACUUGUGUCAUGCACAAAGUAGAUGUCCUAACUGACUUGCCAAAACUAUAGUUUGUUAACAAGACAUUUGUGGAGUGGUUGAAAAACAGGUUUUAAUGACACCAACCUAAGUGUAUGUAAACUUCCAACUUCAACUGUAGCAAGCCCACAGAGUUGUCAGUCAUGGGAAUCAGCUAGCUAGCUGCAAUGGCUAUUAAAGGGUGUUGUGUUGCUAUGAAGAUAUUUACAGCAUGAAUUAAUGGGGAGGGGUGAUACGACUAAUAAUGCACCCACGCCAAAUACUGCCACAAUGCCCCUGUCAGCACUGCUGUGUGGCGGUGGCAGUAGCCUCUAGGGUGAGUCACAGAUCUGGCAGGGGGCACAGGAUUCUGAGUCAUACGCACCACUCAGUUCCAGCUAGGAUGACAGCUGAGUCCAGGACACAGAGAGCCUUCACCCUACUCCAGCUAGAGCACUGUCUUACUGGCAGGCCCCACAGACCACUGUAGAUUUUUUAGUAUGAUUAGCGAAAUGGAUUUAGGCCCCAAGGACAUUGAGACCGGAUCCAUUAAGCAGGCCAUUCAGUCUGGAUGAGGAUUGAUUAAAGACCAUGGCCAGUUUUGUCGAAAUCUAAUAGUGAAAGAUGGUGGAGUCUCUUUUUGUAUUUGGUUGGUGGAGUGUAAGAUUACAGCGUUGGAAAGAAAAAGCAUACGUAAUGUAUUUAGCCAAACGUUAGUAUUUUGGUGACUAUGAACUCAAGCUCUUUCUCAGACCUGUGAAAUGCAAUUUUAUGUACAUGAAACCUACUGUAUAAAGGCUACAUUUCUAUAUCCUAGUGUGGUUUGGUCCAGUCAAUUCUGGCAGCAUUGUCCAUAACCGUUGACCAUGCUCUUUUCGCUGACUAGGAGGUGUACAACAAAACAAAACAGCUGGCUCUGUUGAACGCUCCUUUGUUUAAUUGAUACCCACUCUUCUCUCUCCCCAUGUCAGCAAAUAUACUGCAGAGCCAUAUAUGGUAGUAAAUGCAUUGGAACGAAACAGCCGUAUCCCUCGUCGCUGUUCACACAUCUGAUACUGUGACUGAUGAGAUGGUUAGCUGAACACAACGCUAGUGUUAAUUCAGUUCACUGCAACUCCUGUGAUCGUUUAGAAGAAGAUCUGACUCAUUUCACCAUAGUCAAAUGCUAAAGCAGGAUUCAUAUUUUCAUGCGUCCCACUUCUAAAAGCUGAUGUUUAGUUGUUGAUAAUACUUGUUUUGUGAAACAAACUCCACACACACUGUAUUAGCAUAAAUGAUGAUCAUGAAUGUCCCCUAUCCUUUUAGCUGGUUGAUCCCAUACCGCCUGUCCCCCCCAAGUCACCCAAUGGACACAUGCCUUCCAGAUGCAUCCACCGGACGUCUUCUAGAGGUGAGUCUAUAGUCUCUCAAUAUGUUACCACCAUUUAAUGUACCCUGUUAGUUUGGUUGGAUUUGGUUGGCUGAUGCAACCGACUGUGAGGCCACCACUCCAAUGGGUUGAAUCAAUGUUGUUUCCAUGCUAUUUCAACCUAAUUCUGUCAACGGGAUUGAAUCAAUGUGGAAAACACAUUGGACUGUGACCAAGUCAUCAACAUAGGUAAUUUCCAUCUGGUUGGUUGGACGGAUGUCUUUGCAUAGGGGAACAUACUGGUGAUGUGCCCAUCAUUCUGUAUGUGUGUGUGUGCACGUGUGUCUGUCUGUCUGCGUGUGUUCCAGUGCGACCUGCUUUUCCCAGCUUCUCCCCAGUGGAGGGACGUGUUUCAGAGUGCCCUCCCCCUCAGGAUACCUCUGACUCCCUGUCUUUCGAGGUGCCUUACUCCGAGGGCGUCACUGCCCACCGCAGGGGCCGCCAGGGGGACUGCCAGGACUGCCAACGCAUCCGCAGAGACGACCCCGACCUGCCAGUGAGUCUCAACUCUGACCUCUGACCUUUUGGAACUCCCCUUUUAGAAAAUUUGAGCGCGACAUACAGAUGGAAGGGAAUGUACAGAACAGAAAUUUGAACCCCAGCUGUAGGGGGCUGUGUGUGGUAUGGUUUGAAAGCAGCUGUGUUAACCAAUAGGCCGACCUCUGGCAACCUGUUGGAAUAUGUAAGAUGUGUUGAUGAUCGAGACUGUUUCUUAUGAAUGACCAUGGUCUUGUCUUGUACAGACAUUUCAGCUGCCUAGGCCUAAACUAGGCCUCACCCACAUACAAGACCUAUCUUGUGAGGACAUGAAGAAGAUCGGCUAUAUCUCUCUGAUUGAACUGACCACGUUCUACGACUGCUUGGGCAUUGAGCUCAAACGCAACCGAGCGGCACGCAGCAAGGCCAGAGGUGGGUGGAUGGUUAACUGGGUCAUGUUCAUUAGGCAAAAACUGAAGAAACCCCACUUAAACAGGACAGGUUUACCUGGAAAAUAUACAGUACAUUCGGAAAGUAUUCAGACCCCUUGACUUUUUCCACAUUUUGUUACGUUACAGCCUUAUUCUAAAAUUGAUUCAAUCAGUUUUUUUCCCUCCUCAAUCUACACACAAUACCCCAAAAUGACAAAGCAAAAACGAGUUUUUAGACAUUUUUGCAAAUGUAUUAAAAAUAGAAAACUGAAAUAUCAUAUUUACAUAAGUAUUCAGACCCUUUACUCAGUACUUUGUUGAAGCACCUUUGGCAGCAAUUACAGCCUCGAGUCUUCUUGGGUAUGAUGCUACAAUCUUGGCACACCUGUAUUUGGUGAGUUUCUCCCAUUCUUCUCUGCAGAUCCUCUCAAGCUCUGUCAGGUUGGAUAGGGAGCAUCGCUGCACAGCUAUUUUAAGUUCUUUCCAGAGAUGUUCGAUCGGGUUCAAGUCCGGGCUCUGGCUGGGCCACUCAAGGACAUUCAGAGACUUGUCCCGAAGCCACUCCUGCGUUGUCUUGGCUGUGUGCUUAGGGUCGUUGUCCUGUUGGAAGGUGAACAUUCGCCCCAGUCUGAGGUCCUGAGCGCUUUGGAGCAUGUUUUCAUCAAGGAUCUCUCUGUACUUUUGCUUCGUUCAUCUUUCCCUCGAUCCUGACUAGUCUCCCAGUCCCUGCCGCUGAAAAACAUCCCUACAGCAUGAUGCUGCCACCACCAUGCUUCACUGUAGGGAUGGUGCCAGGUUUCCUCCAGAUGUAACGCUUGGUUUCAGGCCAAGGAGUUCGAUCUUGGUUUCAUCAAACCAGAGAAUCUUGUUUCUCAUGGUCUGAGAGUCUUUAGGUGCCUUUUGGCAAACUCCAAGCAGGCUGUCAUGUGCCUUUUACUGAGGAGUGGCUUCCAUCUGGCCACUCUAUCAUAAAGGCGUGAUUGGUGGAGUGCUGCAGAGAUGGUUGUCCUUCUGGAAGGUUCUCCCAUCUCCACAGAGGAACUCUAGAGCUCUGUCAGAGUGAUUAUCGGGUUGUUGGUCACCUCCCUGACCCAAGGCCCUUCUCCCCUGAUUGCUCUGUUUGGCCAGGCGGCCAGCUCUAGGAAGAGUCUUGGUGGUUCCAAACUUCUUCCAUUUAAAAAUGAUGGAGGCCACUGUGUUCUUGGGGACCUUCAAUGCUGCAGACAUAUUUUGGUACCCUUGCCCAGUCAACUGUGGGACCUUAAAUAGACAGGUGUGUGCUUUUCCAAAUCAUGUCUUAUCAAUACAAUUUACAACAGGUGGACUCCAAUCAAGUUAUAGAGACAUCUCAAGGAUGAUCAAUUGAAUCAGGAUGCACCUGAGCUCAUUUUUGAGUCUCAUAGCAAAGGGUCUGAAUACUUAUGUAAAUAAGGUAUUUUUGUUAUUAAUACAUUUGCAAAAUGUCUAAAAACCUGUUUUUGCUUUGUCAUUAUGGGGUAUUGUGUGUAGCUUGAUGAGGAUUUUAUUUUAUUUUAUCCAUUUUAGAAUAAGGCUGUAACGUAACAAAGUGGAAAAAGUCAAGGGGGCUGAAUACUUUCCGAAUGCACUGUAUAUAUAAGUUUUAUGUUGCAAAAUUUUUUAAGACGUUUUCAGUUGCUUGCUCUAAUGAACACAACCCUUGUGUUUCACAUCCCAUUUUUACAUUUUUUUCACGCCUCCUACACAGAAAGUGGUGUAUUUGGAGUUUCCCUGACCACUCUACUGGAGAAUGACCAGAAGAAAUUCCCAGAGUCCAAGGUUCCUCUCGUCUUCAAAAAGGUACUUUACCUGUUUGGUUCUAUUUGUAUUGGUAAACCACCCUUACUUCUCCUUUUUGAAACUACAAGCGUCUCUCCCCUCUGGUUAUAGUAAUAUUUAACAUGAAAUGGAACUGGGGGGAAAAUCCCUGCUACUUCCCCAAUGGAAAAUUGAUAUGGGGUUAUUUUGCAUUGCCAUUUAUGGAGUUCUCCUACUCAGCACUUCUAUGGGUCAGUUAAACUCUCCGUCUCUCUCUCUCCCUCGUUUAUUUUUUAUUUCUUUCUUCUCACUUUUUUCUCUCUCUUUUUCUCUCUUUCUGUCUCUCCCUCGCUCUCCUCCCCAACUCCCUCACUCCUUCCCUCAGUGCUACUCACACCUAGAGCUGGGUGAUAUUUACAAAAAUCCAUAUUGCUAUAAAUUGACUGAAUUAUCAUGAUAAUGAUCAACUGAACAAUACAUUUAUAUGUGCACUACUGUUGUUUUUUAAUAUUACCCUUAAAACUACUACUAAUACUUUGAAUGUUGUACCUAUCAAUUUUCCUAUUAACAAUCACCCAUAUUAGAAACGUAUUUCAUUUAGAAAUGUCCAUAAUAAGUGGUCGGUUUUGUCGUGUCGAUAAUUUUUGGUUUAUUGUCCCAGCUCUACUCUCACCCUCUGAUAACCCAUAGUAUCCUGACCCUCAUCACUUUCGUCAUGCUAUUCCUACUGAAGCAAGCCUUUCCCAGAACCACUCACAACAACACACUCCCUGACUCCUCCUCAGCUGGCCAUUACUGCUUUGUGGUAACGUAAUAUGUGUCAGGGGAUGCACUGACUGCUCCCUCCAAGAGCCUAUCACCCCUCCUGUUUCUCUGUAGCAGUACUAGAGUCAGCCUGGUUAAGCUUUCACACGUUAUCACAAAGACAUUCCGGAGAGACUAAAUGUCAGAAGUCUACCAUAUACUCCUAUUAAACCUACCGAGUGGGGGAGGGGAGGGGAGGGGAGGGAGGAGAGUCAAGCGAUGAACUAUAAGCUAUGUAUACUUUUAUUUUCAUUUGUGUUGUCAUGUCAGCUAGGGAUGGAUGUUAGUUAAUGUCCAUUUCUAUCAUAGAAUAUGUUAGCUAUAUUUUAGAAAUAUGUCUGGGACGGUAUAUGCAGUGCCUUCAGAAAGUAUUCACACCCCUUGACUUUUUUAAUUUACAAUUGAUUACAUUGAGAUUUUGUGUCACUGGCCUAUACACAAUACCCCAUAAUGUCAAAGUGGAAUUUUGACAUUGCUCCCACAGUUGUGUCAAGUUGGCUGGAUGUCCUUUGGGUGGUGGACUAUUCUUGACACACAUGGGAAACUGUUGAGCGUGAAAAACCCAGCAGCGUUGCAGUUCUUGACAAUUGAUUACAUUGAGAUUUUGUGUCACUGGCCUACACACAAUACCCCAUAAUGUCAAAGUUGAAUUAUGUUUUUAGAAAUGUUUACAAAUUAAUUAGAAAUGAAAAGCUGAAAUGUCUUAGAUGUAAUAGAAUAUGUUAGCUCUAAUAGCUCAUAUAUUUGAGAAAUACUGUAUAUCUGGUACUGUAUGUAAGGAGCUGUACUGAAAAUAACAACAUCUGACUGUUUAGAGUCCUAGCAGCUGCCAGUCAGUCAGUCAGCCAGUGACACGGACCUAACCUUGGCGUAGCUGAGAGUUAAGGAGCUAACCCUGUUACCAGCAGUCAAAGUCCAGUCCAACCAGAAUUAACCUAAAAUACUCUUGUCACAUUGACUGUCUAGACAAACUCCAAUUACAGGGCAUGUAUAGGAAAUGACUAGAGUUUUGGGUAUCAAGGUGGUGUUUAAGGGAUUUGGUAGAUAAGUGCCUUCUGAAAGGGAAUUAUAGGACUUUUCUUUGAAGCAAUUGUUCACUGCUAUAUCAGUGUUGGUUUAUAUUAUGUGGACCUGGAAAGUGGUUUCUGGAGGAGGACUUGAUGAACGAGGUCAAACCAUUGCUUCAGAAUGCAGGUUUUGUGUGGUCUAGUAAACAGAUAGUUAGCCUUUUGGGAUCCAAAGCUUGUCAUAAAAUACAAUUGUUGGGUUGCCUUACUCUCUCUCUCCUGUGGUCUUCAUCUGUCAUAUUGCACUUGCAAAGAUCCCUCAGCCCUCCUAAACAAAAAUGAUCAAGUGUUAGUACCACACAGUUUACUGUUGAGAGAACUUACGGAGUGCACCUUUUUAAGGGAAAUAUUGUAUCUUCUCAGUCUUCACUAAGAGGCAGGAAACAGGAGGGUUGUGUCUUUGUCUUUCUUUUGGAGUGUACCACUUGUGUGAGAGAUGGUGGGUCGGAUAGCGUUGUCUCAGGUCGCUGACUCGGGUCUCCAACCCAGGUCUGAGUCAUGUUCAGUGGCGCAAAACAAGUUUGGCGAUGGGAAAACAAACAUCAAGGGCCAGUGACCGAAUCUGUGGGUGCUUUUAUCGCUAGUUGUAAAUAUGAAUUGAAUGCUGUUUUGUUAGUGGUUUGAAAACCUCUCUGUAAAAAAAAAAGAAGUUUGUACAAAAAUGACUUCCCUGUCUGAUUGGUCCUAGUUCUACUGUGUGUUAUCAACACUGCUCUGUGAAAACAGGUAAGAGGAAAUGAAUGCAGUCAGAUUUGGUUGAUUUUGUUUACAGAUGAGAGUCGAGUUGAGAUAGAAAUGUCCCUCUUGGUUUGUUAAACUUGUGGUUUAUAAAAUGUGUAUGCUUGUGUUUCAGCUCUUGUCCAAGCUGGAGCAGACAGGACUACAAACAGAGGGGAUUCUCAGAGUACCAGGGUCUGCAUCCAGAGUAAAGGUAAGGUACCUCAGAUACACACACCCCCUCUCCCUUUUCCACUGAUGAGACUGGAGCUUUUAAUACUGUAGCUGUCAAUCACCAAUCAUAGAGCUAUCUUGUUCUGUGUAACUCUAGCCUAUGUCUACCAUUGAAAAACAUUUCACAGAAGGGAAAGAUAUGUUUGCUCUUUGAUUUAGUGCUGUACUUGACCCUAUCUUAUAUGAUCCUACUGUAUAGGUUUUGGGUACCCAGACCCAGACUAAGGUUGUCAAGGGCAGAUGUGUUCUGGCCAAGAAUAUACACUGAGUAUAUUGAGUUGGGAAACUGUUGAGCGUGAAAAACCCAGCAGCGUUGCAGUUCUUGACACACUCAAAGCGGUGCGCCUCGCCUUGCGCCUACUACCAUACCCCAUUCAAAGGCACUUGCACCUGUUUGAACUCUUUACCUGUAUAAAAGACACCUGUCCACACACUCAAUCAAACAGACUCCAACCUCUCCACAAUGGCCAAUACCAGAGAGCUGUGUAAGGACAUCAGGGAUAAAAUUGUAGACCUGCACAAGGCUGGGAUGGGCUACAGGACAAUAGGUAAGCAGCUUGGUGAGAAGGCAACAACUGUUUGCACAAUUAUUGGAAAAUGGAAGAAGUUCAAGAUGACGGUCAAUCAUCCUCGGUCUGGGGCUCCAUGCAAGAUCUCACCUCGUGGGGGAUCAAUGAUCAUGAGGAAGGUGAGGGAUCAGCCCAGAACUACACGGCAGGACCUGGUAAUGACCUGAAGAGAGCUGGGACCACAGUCUCAAAGAAAACCAUUAGUAACACACUACGCCGUCAUGGAUUAAAAUCCUGCAGUGCACGCAAGGUCCCCAUGCUCAAGCCAGCACAUGUCCAGGCCCGUCUGAAGUUUGCCAAUGACCAUCUGGAUGAUCCAGAGGAGGAAUGGGAGAAGGUCAUGUGGUCUGAUGAGACAAAAGUAGAGCUUUUUGGUCUAAACUCCACUCGCCGUGUUUGGAGGAAGAAGAAGGAUGAGUACAACCCCAAGAACACCAUCCCAACCGUGAAGCAUGGAGGUGGAAACAUCAUUCUUUGGGGAUGCUUUUCUGCAAAGGGGACAGGACGACUGCACCGUAUUGAGGGGAGGAUGGAUGGGGCCAUGUAUCACGAGAUCUUGGCCAACAACCUCCUUCCCUCAGUAAGAGCAUUGAAGAUGGGUCGUGGCUGGUCUUCCAGCAUGACAACGACCCGAAACACACAGCCAGGGCAACUAAGGAGUGGCUCCGUAAGAAGCAUCUCAAGGUCCUGGAGUGGCCUAGCCAGUCUCCAGACCUGAACCCAAUAGAAAAUCUUUGGAGGGAACUGAAAGUCCGUAUUGCACAGCGACAGCCCCGAAACCUGAAGGAUCUGGAGAAGAUCUGUAUGGAGGAGUGGGCCUUACAUAUUUUGUCUUGUCCAGUCACCAUCUGAAUGGCACACAUACACAAUCCAUGUAUCAAUUGGUCUCAAUGCUUAAAAAUCCUUCUUUAACCUUUCUCCUCCCCUGCAUCUACACUGAUUGAAGUGGAUUUAACAAGUGACAUCAAUAAAGGGUCAUAGCAUUCACCUGGUCAGUCUAUGCCAUGGAAAGAGCAGGCGUUCUUAAUGUUUUGUAUACUCAGUGUAUGGAUGUUAUUGACAGGAAAUUAAAAUCAUGCUCAGAAAAUAUAUUAAUGACUGGUGUAUUUCUGACUCCUCCCUACCUACACUCAUCUCUCCCCGUAUCAUUUCCACAUUCCUUGUCUCUCAUGUAGUCAUGUAGUAACUCUGUGUUAGGGAGGUUGGUGUAUGUGUGUGUGUAUGUGCAUGGUUGCAUAUCUCUGUGCCUAUAUGUGUGCAUGCAUAUCUGUGUGUUUAUGUGUGUUCCUCAACCAAAACAUAUUUUGUACUAAGUAGAACCAUACCAAGUCGAGAGGCCCCUACGGUUAACAUGAUACCCAGCCGGCCCAGGGGCCCACAGAUGAAACCUGUCCCUCCCAGACAGAGUGAGCCUUCACUGGGAUAGACUCUCUGAUUAUCAGCCCUGAUAUCCCAACUCAUCCAGCAUCACUCACAGGCUAUGGGAGGCCACCCUCUCUGCCUCUCCACCUCUCCGUACCCUCUGGUCUGGUCUGGAUAACCUCCUUUCAUCAUUAGGACAAGCAGACUGAAGGGGAGGAUGUACCCCUCCACCCCCACUCACCUCCAUUGUAAUUUGUUAGGCACCAUGGCAGGUCAGACACCCCCCACACACACACUUGAGAGUUCAACUAGAGGAACCAUGUGGGUAUUAGGUUCCCCAAACACAUAUGGUGAUGGUUAGGGAUGUGAUUUGUUCUUAUGGAGGGGGUCAAAGGUGACCGUGGCGUUGAGAUUAACCACAGGACGAGCCAUUGUGGAGAUAAUGUGUGUAUUCUUGUUUUGGUGUUGGUUUUACAUCAUCUAUGCCAGGGGCUGGAGCAGAAGUUCUAUGAGUUUGGAUUGAGCACAGGAGGAGCCUUUUUUGGGGAUAACUGCUGCAGUUUCUUGUUUUGGUGUUGGUAUUUGUAGCAUCUUCGCCAGGAGCUCGAGCAGAAGUUCUAUGAGGACCGGUUUGACUGGGAGCAGGUGAGGCACAACGAUGCAGCGGGCCUGUUGAAGAUGUUCAUCAGAGAGCUGCCUUAUCCUCUGCUCACUCUCCAACACUUACCGGCCUUCGCCGCUGCACAGAGUGAGUACACACACAUGUAGGCCUGUACGCUUACCAUGAAGUGUAUACAUAAUACAGUGCCUUCGGAAAGUAUUCAGACCCCUUGACUUUUUCCUCAUUUUGUUACAUUACAGCCUUAUUCUAAUAUUGAUUCAAUUGUUUUUUCCCUCAUCAAUCUAUACACAAUACCCCAUAAUGACUAAGCAAAAACUGGUUUUUAGAAAUGUUAACAAAUGUCUUAAAAAUAAAAAUAAACGAUUACAUUUACAUAAGUAUUCAGGUGUUGAAGCACCUUCGGCAGCGAUUACAGCCUUGAGUCUUCUUGGGUAUGACGCUACAACUUAGCACACCUGUAUAUAGGGAGUUUCUCCCAUUCUUCUCUGCAGAUCCUCUCAAGCUCUGUCAGGUUGGAUGGGGAGCGUCGCUGCACAGCAAUUUUCAGGUCUCUCCAGAGAUGUUCGAUCGGGUUCAUGUCCGGGCUCUGGCUGGGCCACUCAAGGACAUUCAGAGACUUGUCCCGAAGCCACUCCUGCGUUGUCUUGGCUGUGUGCUUAGGGUCGUUGUCCUGUUGGAAGGUGAACCUUCACCCCAGUCUGAGGUCCUGAGCACUCUGGAGCAGGUUUUCAUCAAGGAUCUCUCUGUACUUUGCUCCAUUCAUCUUUCCCUCGAUCCUGACUAGUCUCCCAGUCCCUGCCACUGAAAAACAUCCCCACAGCAUGAUGGUGCCAGGUUUCCUCUAGAAGUGACGCUUGUCAUUCAGGUCAAAGAGUUCAAUCUUGGUUUCAUCAGACCAGAGAAUCUUGUUGGUCAUGGUCUGAGAGUCUUUAGGUGCCUUUUGGCAAACUCCAAGCAGGCUGUCAUGUGCCUUUUACUGAGGAGUGGCUUCCGGCUGGCCACUCUACCAUAAAGGCCUGGAAGGUUAUCCCAUCUCCACAGAGGUACUCUAGAGCUCUGUCAGACUAAUCAUCGGGUUCUUGGUCACCUCCCUGACCAAGGCCCUUCUCCCCCGAUUGCUCAGGUUGACCGGGCGGCCAGCUCUAGGAAGAGUCUUGGUGGUUCCAAACUUCUUCCAUUUAAGAAUGAUGGAGGCCACUGUGUUCUUGGGGACCUUCAAUGCUGCUGACAUUUUUUGGCACCCUUCCCCAGAUCUGUGCCUCAACACAAUCCUGUCUCGGAGCUCUACAGACAAUUCCUUCGACCUCAUGGCUUGGUUUUUGCUCUGACGUACUGUCAACUGUGGGACCUUAUAUAGACAGGUGUGUGCCUUUUCCAAAUCAUGUCCAAUCAAUUUAAUUUACCACAGGUGAACUCCAAUCAAGUUGUAGAAACAUCUCAAGGAUGAUCAAUGGAAACAGGAUGCACCUGAGCUCAAUUUCGAGUCUCAUAGCAAAGGGUCUGAAUACUUAUGUAAAUAAGGUAUUUCUGUUUGUUAUUUUUAACACAUUUGCAAAAAUGUCUAAAAACCUGUUUUCGCUUUGUCAUUAUGGGGUGUGUGUGUACAUUGAUGAGAGAAAAAAAAAUGUAAUCAAUUUUAGAAUAAGGCUGUAACGUGGAAAAAGUCAAGGGGUCUGAAUACUUUACGAAUGCAUUGUAUGUGGACACCUGCUCGUCGAACAUCUCAUCCAAAAUAAUGGGUAUUAAUAUAAAGUUGGUCACCUCUUUGCUGCUAUAACCGCCUCCACUCUUCUGGGAAGGCUUUCCACUAGAUGUUGGAACAAUGCUGCGGGGACUUGCUUCCAUUCAGCCACGAGUAUUAGUGAGGUCGUACACUGAUGUUCGCCGAUUAGGCCUGGCUUGCAGUCGGCGUUCCAAUUCAUCCCAAAGGUGUCCGAUGGAGUUGAGGUCAGGGCUCGGUGCAGGCCAGUCAGUUUCUUCCACACCAAUCUCGACAAACCAUUUCUGUAUGGACCUCGCUUUGUGAAUGGGGGCAUUGUCAUGCUGAAACAGGAAAGGGCCUACCCCAAACUGUUGCCACAAAGUUGGAAUUACAGAAUCGUCUAGAAUGUCAUUGUAUGCUGUAGCGUUAAGAUUUCCCUUCACUGGAACUAAGGGACCUAGCCUGAACCAUGAAAAACAGCCCCAGACCAUUAUUCCUCCUCCACCAAACUUUACAGUUGGCACUAUGCAUUCGGGCAGGUAGCGUUCUCCUGAAAUCCACCAAACCCAGAUUAGUCCGUUGGACUGCCAGAUGGUGAAGCAUGAUUCAUCACUGCAGAGAACGCGUUUCCACUGCUCCAGAGUCCAAUGGUGGCGAGCUUUAUACCACUCCAGCUGACGCUUGGCAUGGCGCAUGGUGAUCUUAGGCUUGUGUGCGGCUGCUCGGCCAUGGAAACCCAUUUCUUGAAGCUCUCGACGAACAGUUAUUGUGCUGACGUUGCUUCCAGAGGCAGUUUGGAACUCAGUAGUGAGUGUUGCAACCGAGGACAGACAAUUUUUACGCUCUACGCGCUUCAGCACUCAGUGGUCCCAUUCUGUGAGCUUAUGUGGCCUACCACUUCGCAGCUGAGCCGUUGUUGCUCCUAGACAUUUCCACUUCACAAUAACAGCACUUGCAGUUGACCGGGGCAUCUCUAGCAGGGCAGAAAUUUGACUAACUGACUUGUUGGAAAGGUGGCAUCCUAUGACGCUGCCACGUUUAGUCACUGAGCUCUUCAGUAAGGCCAUUCUACUGCCAAUGUUUGUCUAUGGAGAUUGCAUGGCUGUGUGCUUUAUUUUAUACACCUGUCAGCAACAGGUGUGGCUGAAAUAGCGAAAUCCACUAAUUUGAAGGGAUUUCAACAUACUUUUGUAUAUAUAGUGUAUAUUUGUUUCUAGUAAUUUAUGAUUCAUUUCCAUUUUCUCUCCUAAAUGUACUCUUAACAAUGCCAAUAACAGUCAACAACACUUCCACCAGAUGGUAGGGUGUGUGUGUGUGCUGAAAUAUCAGUGUGUAUUCCGCUCUGUCCCUCCUCAGGUGUCUCCUCUCCCAGACACCAGAUCCAGGCUCUGCACCUCCUCAUCAUGUUGCUCCCUGAGCCCAACAGAGACACACUCAAGGUGAGCUUUGACUAAUGACCCUAGGACCCUAAAGGUCAAGUCACUGUGUUGUUCACCUUUGGUCUCCAUUUAGGAAUCACGUCCUUUGUAGCUAUCCCAAGACUCAUGAUCAUGGACUGAGAAACUACACUUUCAACUUUGACCUCACAACCCAAAACACAAACAUACACCUAUCCCAUAUAUCCAAUCCUAAAAUAGCUCAAAUAAGUGCAGGGGCUAAGAGUUUAUUUUGAAUUGGGCAACUGUGUCCUACUAUGCAUUUGCUAUGCAUUCCUAUGACUCAUUAAGCCAAUAGUCACAACCAUUCUAAGGGGCGGUUGCCUUCGUAACAUGUAAACAACCAUGAAGUGUUGCUCAAGCCUCAGUCGAGGUGUAAUAUGAUGACUUAUCUCGGCACACUUGAAGUGAACGUGAAGAGCAACAGCCGUGUUUAAGUGUAGUCCCAUAAAGAGGUUAUCAUGUAAAGUUUAGAUAAGAGGUGUCAAUCCUUAUUCAGGUGGGUGUUUUGAAGGUGUGGAGGGAAAACGGGUGAUAACCCACUAACGUCCUCUCUUCCUGAGUGUACAGUAUAUCAAAUGACAUGUGUAGGAUAAGAUAUGAGUGUGUUUUAGUGUGGGUAUAUUUUGGGUCAGUAGGCCAGAUUUACCCAUUGAUUGUGCCAGUGCAAAGGUUUAAACUAUUUUCUUGAAGGAAUAAAUCCGAAGGACACACACACACACACACACACACAAAGACCCACUCUAACCCCUCUGUGCCCCUCCAGGCCCUGUUGGAGUUCCUGAGGAAGGUGGUAGCUUAUGAAGAAAAGAAUAGGAUGAGUCUGUGGAACGUGUCCAUGAUCGUGGCUCCCAACCUCUUCACCUACCGGGGCAAGAACGCCAAGCAGGAGGAGAUGCAGGGGGCAGCCGGGGCGGCCCACCUCGUACGGCUACUCAUCACAUACCAAGACCUGCUCUGGACCGUGAGUUUGCUGCACACGCGCGCGUACACGAACACAUAGAGAUGUGAUACAUGCGCACACACACACACACACACUACACAUUCACUACCUCCAAACAUAUCUUGUCAACAGUCAUCUCGCCUCAUCAGGACAGAAUUGGGUGUUAUUCAACUACAGUGGGACUGCAAUUUCCCAAAUUAGUGGUUGAUAGAUUACGUCUAUACUUCUCAAACUGCUCCAGCAUAGCAUCUGCAAUUUUAAGAUUCCAGUACAACCUCUGUAAUUCUGCUGAACAAAACCUCCCUUUCAGUAAUUCAAGAAAAUAUUUUUUUUAUGUAGACCACAAGGUUUUACUGGAAAACAGUUUUUAUGCGAGGCUAAUAGACCAGUGCCUACCAAAAUGCAAAACUACAAAACUACUGAACAAAAACCCAUGAGGGAAGUGAUCCAGGCACAUUGUAUGAAACACAAAGAGCAGCUUGACCCAAAUCUGGUGACUGGUGCCUGGCCUAUUAGAAUGCAAUGUCAGUAUAGCCCAAAUCAUCAGUAUAGCCCAAAUCAUCAAGCCUCCGGUCAGAUGGGGAGAAAGAGAAGAAAGGGAGAGAUGUAAAGAGAAAAAGAGGAGAGAGAUUAAUAGGUAUAUUGUUCUCUCCUCAGGUGCCCUGCUUUCUCAUCUCCCACGUGAGGAAGUUGAAUGAGGCUGGUGCCAGCAAGAAGCCGCCCAGCUCAGAGAAGACCAAGAGGAAGCUGCUACUGAUGAGGAAGAGGAACGCCGAGAAGACUGAGAGGAGCGAGGUAAUGAUUACUGAUUUAUCGACUCUAAAGUACUUUAACCCCAACUUGAAAUGGCCAAUUAGAUUUAUUCUCAAUGUUAGUUUGACUAGACAACAAUAUCAUAGGCUAUUGGGUGUAUGCUUGCUCCUGACAGUACCUAAUUGGAUGAGGUCGCUAGUACCUUUCAGCAUGAGGUGUACUCAUGUAAUGGGACUUGAAUUGAAGUUGGGGCUUUUCUUGGUCCACAGUUGACUGACCUCAGAGAAGGGGUCAUCAGGGUUCACGCCCCACAACACGCCAAGAUCUCCAUGGCAAUCCAGUUGGAUAACGAGACCAAGGCCAAAGACGUGAUGGCGCGCUUCGAUUACGAGAACGGGUCAGUGGAGGAAGAGGAUGAGGAUGAUUCGUAUUUUUCUGUCCCAGACAGUUAUUGAUGUUGCUAAUGCAUACUAUAGGGAUGUCUGGGUUUAUUAAAAUCAUUCUAUUUUUUUCUCUCACAGUCGUGGCACCAGAAGCACUAGCCGGAGGCCAGUACAGUAUUUGUUUGAGGUCGGAGGAAACAUAGGUAUGUAUAGUUACAUCACUGUUUGACUCAAAUUAUUUUCAAACACAAAUUAUUCUUGUCAUUUCUCAGUCUUCGUUAACCAAACUAAACAAUACUUUUCUCUCUAGGCGAGCGCUGCUUGGACCCUGAGACUCACCUACUAGACGUGUACCAUGUGAAUCCGCACUGUGAAUGGCUUUUAAAACCCACAACCACAUGAGAACUGAGGACUCACUCGCUCAACAGUCAGCAAGCAGACUGAACCACUGCCCUCUUGUGGUCGUCCUGGUGAACUGACUAUGCAUGGAGGUCUUGUUGACUUUAGGUUCAAUUGAGGUUUUAUCCCAAACAAUGGACCACUAAAAAGAGAGAGCGCUUAGAGAGGAACUAUGGAGAGAGACAUUCUCCUUCUGAAGGAAGGACUCAUCUCAGGCCCUGUUUGUGUGAUUAAACCUUUUAACAAAAUACUAAAAAUGACGGAAGCACUAUACUCUGAAUAUCCGGGUUCUGAAUGGAAGUAUUUGGAGGAGGGACAGCUUUGUGAAGACAUGCGCCACACACGUGACUGACGACAUCCCAUUGCUUGCCAUUGGAAUUGUUUGGUGCCAGAUAUUCACCUACUGGGUCGUUCCACCAAUUCAGUGCCCUUUGAGGAGAGGAACUCCUUUUACACUACGAUUUGGCUAUUAGAUCCUCAAUGUGUCUUUUGAAAAACAUAUUUAAAAAGGAUUAGUCUCACCAUAUUAAAACAAGAGUUCAGUGUCACGUAACUGGAUUGACCUUAAAAUGAGGGUCAGACUUAAAUGAAUCACUAAUCUUCAGAAAUUACUUUUGUCAAAGCAACAAAAUAACUAGGCCUUUACAAUGAUGGUGAAAUGUUGGGGUUAAGUGGCUUAAAAUCUUCCUAGAAGUCAGAGGGUGCAUUGAGGGACACUUUAGCAAGUCUUUAUUAAUAUUAAAAAUCGGAUUUAUUGAAUUCUCCAUGUGGUCUAUAUCAAAGGGCACUUCAUUUAAUAAAACUGGAUUUUAAAAUUCAAUAUUGUGGCACAAUUGCUACUUAAAAUAUCAAAGGGAUGCAAAAGGAACUCUUCGUGGAACGACCCUGCUACAGAGACCAUGGACACAAUAAUAGACAGUGAUCGGUCCGCUCACUGAACAAUGUGUACCACUUCAUGCAAGACCCAGUUAAAGAUUUACUUGCUAUAUUUAUACCACUAAUUUAUACUGCUUAUUGUAUUAUUACGCAUACUACAUAUCACUUUUUUAAAUCAUUUAUAAGAGCAGCAUGUUGAUUGCAAAACCAUUGGGAGUGAGGAGAUUCAGAAGACUAGCAAUUUGGGUUGUUGAGUUCAUGAUGGUGAGGGACAAGUGGAGAUGGGAUGACCUGAUACUGAAUACAGACAUUUGCUCCGUCUCAGACGUUGUAACAACUUAAUUUCAUGGUCUCCUGUCCUGCUGACCACUGAUCUGUGUCUAGUACUAAUCAGGACAAGGCAGGUGAAAACAACGUAGUGGAAACCUAUCCAGUCCUUUUACCUGUCAGUGGUCAUCAAGGACA